AUGCACGCCAUCUUCUGCGAGGUGCUCAACGCCAGCAAGACCUCGGGCUUUGCUUUGCUUGAAGACCCGGAGCAGGUCGUGGUUGACUCGGGGUAUACGCAGUGCAAAGUUUUUGCCAGCGACCUGCAGACGGCAGACGAGUCUCUACUUGGCAACAAGAAGGUGGAGGCCAUUACGCUCAUUGAUGCUCCAGGCUUGAACUAUCAUACAACCCGCACUACUGCUGUGCUUGCGCGACAAUAA